UCUCAGUCAUCACCACAUUUGCAAAGAGAGAGUGAGAGCAAAAAUCGGCAAAGAUGAAGUACAACCCCAGAGUCUCCUCUUCUCGCCGCAAGAGCCGUAAGGCUCAUUUCACGGCCCCAUCCAGCCUUCGUCGUGUCCUUAUGAGCGCACCAUUAUCCUCCGAACUCCGUACCAAGUACAACGUUAGAUCCAUGCCUGUCCGUAAAGACGACGAGGUUCAAGUUGUUCGCGGGACCUACAAGGGUCGUGAGGGUAAAGUUGUCCAAGUUUACCGUAAGAAGUGGGUGAUACACAUUGAGAGGAUUACUAGAGAGAAGGUAAAUGGAUCUACAGUUAAUGUUGGUAUUCAUCCUUCAAAGGUUGUGAUAUCGAAGCUGAGGCUUGAUAAGGAUCGUAAGAGUUUGAUUGACCGUAAGGCCAAGGGACGUGCUGCUGCUGAUAAGGAUAAGGGUACUAAGUUUACUGCUGACGAUAUCAUGCAGACUGUUGAUUAGGUCCUUUUUUUUUUUAAUGCUAUCUUAUUGUGUUUCUGUUUUGUUGUUACUAUCUUAUUGCUCUUUGGUACUUUGAAACUUGUUGGGAUAGUUAAAGAGUUUUUCUCUGAGACUCUGAAUUUUGUUGAAGUAUUUUAAUACGAGUAUGCAAUUUUUGGUAUAA